GUGCGCAGCGCUGCGCCCGUCCGCCGGCGGAGGCGGGGUGCCUCCGUGCCGCAGCGCGGGUGCUGCAGUCAGCGCAGGCUGCUCACGUCCUCGAGCACUUUCCAAAAGAGGGAAGGGGCAGCCUUGCGUGAACAGGUGGAUUACUGAAUUUGUGGUCGAUGAAGAGAGGAAGAACUCUGGCAGAUCUGGGUUUCAGCUGCUUACUAGCUGUGUCACUUCCGGAGGCAACAAGAUAACAUCUCUGGGCUUCAGUUUCCUCAUCUGUGAGCCUCCUCCGAUGACCCGAAGGUGUGGGCUUGCCUGGGGCAGUUCUUGCUGGGACGAGGUCCCGAGGGGAACCAGCCUGGCUCUGGCCCAGAAGCGUGGGCCCCGCACACAGAGGGCCUCCUGAGUGUGGCUUCCUGCAGCUGCUCCCAAAACCAGCUUCUGCCGCAGCUGCAGUGAGAUGCAGGGGAGCUGCUGCCCGAGGGAGCGCCCUGCCUGGCAGGUCGGCCCUGCGCCAGCCAGCGCAGUGCGGAAGGCGCGUCGGGAGAGCUCACGCAGCGCCCGCUGGGGUCUCUCUUCUCAGCCUUGAGAGGCUGGGCGGCAGCAGCAUGCAGCCGGAGGAGGGCACAGGCUGGCUGCUGGAGCUGCUGUCCGAGGUGCAGCUGCAGCAGUACUUCCUGCGGCUCCGAGACGACCUCAACGUCACCCGCCUGUCCCACUUUGAGUAUGUCAGGAGCGAGGACCUGGAGAAGAUCGGCAUGGGCCGGCCUGGCCAGCGGCGGCUCUGGGAGGCCGUGAAGAGGAGGAAGGCCGUGUGCAAACGCAAGUCCUGGAUGAGCAAGGUGUUCAGUGGAAAGCGGCUGGAGACUGAGUUCCCCCCUCAUCACUCUCAGAGCACCUUCCGGAAGACCUCUCCCACCCCGGGGGGCCCAGCAGGGGAGGGGUCCCUGCAGAGCCUCACCUGCCUCAUUGGGGAGAAGGACUUGCGUCUCUUCGAGAAGCUGGGAGACGGCUCCUUUGGCGUGGUGCGCAGGGGCGAGUGGGACGGCCCCUCGGGGAAGACGGUGAGCGUGGCCGUGAAGUGCCUGAAGCCCGACGUGCUGAGCCAGCCGGAGGCCAUGGACGACUUCAUCCGGGAGGUCAACGCCAUGCACUCGCUUGACCACCGGAACCUCAUUCGCCUCUACGGGGUGGUGCUCACACCACCCAUGAAGAUGGUGACAGAGCUGGCACCUCUGGGAUCCCUGUUGGACCGGCUGCGCAAGCACCAGGGCCACUUCCUCCUGGGGACCCUGAGCCGCUACGCCGUGCAGGUGGCCGAGGGCAUGGGCUACCUGGAGUCCAAGCGCUUCAUCCACCGUGACCUGGCCGCCCGCAACCUGCUGCUGGCCGCGCGUGACCUGGUCAAGAUCGGGGACUUCGGGCUGAUGCGGGCGCUGCCCCAGAACGACGACCACUACGUCAUGCAGGAGCAUCGCAAGGUGCCCUUCGCCUGGUGUGCCCCCGAGAGCCUGAAGACGCGCACCUUCUCCCACGCCAGCGACACCUGGAUGUUCGGGGUCACCCUGUGGGAGAUGUUCACCUACGGCCAGGAGCCCUGGGUCGGCCUCAACGGCAGUCAGAUCUUGCAUAAGAUCGACAAGGAGGGGGAGCGCCUGCCCCGGCCCGAGGACUGCCCCCAGGACGUCUACAACGUCAUGGUCCAGUGCUGGGCUCACAAGCCAGAGGACAGACCCACCUUUGUGGCCCUGAGGGACUUCCUGCUGGAGGCGCAGCCCACGGACAUGCGGGCCCUUCAGGACUUCGAGGAAGCGGACAAGCUGCACAUCCACGUGAACGACGUCAUCACCGUCAUCGAGGGGAGGGCUGAGAAUUACUGGUGGCGUGGACAGAACACGCGGACGCUGUGUGUGGGGCCCUUCCCUCGCAACGUGGUGACCUCCGUGGCCGGCCUGUCGGCCCAGGACAUCAGCCAGCCCCUGCAGAACAGCUUCAUCCACACCGGGCACGGCGACAGCGACCCCCGUCACUGCUGGGGCUUCCCCGACAGGAUCGACGAACUCUACCUGGGAAACCCCAUGGACCCUCCGGACCUGCUGAGCGUGGAACUGAGCCUCUCCAGACCCACCCAGCACCUGGGCAGGGUGAAAAGGGAGCCGCCACCUCGCCCUCCUCAGCCUCCCAUCUUCACUCAGAAACCAACCUACGACCCUGUGAGUGAGGACCAAGACCCCCUGUGCGGCGACUUCAAGAGGCUGGGCCUGCGGAAGCCAGGACUGGCCCGAGGGCUGUGGCUGGCGAGGCCCUCGGCCCGGGGGCCGGGCGCCCGGGCGGGCCGGGGCGGCGGUGAGGUGCCGCUCAUCGACUUCGGGGAGGAGCCCGUGGCCCCCGCCUCGCGGCCGAGCGCGCCCUCCCCGGCGCCGCUGGCCGCGGCCGCCUGCUCCUUGCUGGAUGAGACGCCGCCCGGGAGCCCCGCGCGGGCCCUGCCCCGGCCCCUGCAUCCCACGCCGGUGGUGGACUGGGACGCACGCCCGCUGCCCCCGCCUCCCGCCUACGACGACGUGGCCCAAGACGAGGACGACGUCGAGGUCUGCUCCAUCAACAGCACCCUGGUGGGCGCAGGCGUCUCUCUCGGGCCCGGCCAGGGCGAGACCAGGUACGCCUUCGCGCCCGAGCCGGCCCAGCUGCUCCCGCCCCUGGAGGACAACCUGUUCCUGCCGCCCCACGGUGGGGGCCGGCCGCCCAGCCUGGCGCAGACCGCGGAGAUCUUCCAGGCGCUGCAGCAGGAGUGCAUGCGGCAGCUGCGGGGCCCGGCCGGAGCGCCGGCCCCCUCGCCCGGCCCCGCGGGCGACGACAAGCCCCAGGUGCCCCCCCGGGUGCCCCUCCCCCCGAGGCCCACGCGCCCCUGUGGUGAGCUGUCUCCAGCCCCCCUGGGCGAGGAGGAGACGGGGCGGUGGCCUGGACCUGCCUCCCCUCCCCGGGUGCCGCCCCGGGAGCCCCUGUCCCCGCAAGGCUCCAGGACCCCCAGCCCCUUGGUGCCACGUGGCGGCUCGCCGCUGCCCCCCCGGCUCUCCAGCUCACCCGGGAAGGCCAUGCCCACCACCCAGAGCUUUGCCUCGGACCCCAAGUACGCCACGCCGCAGGUGACCCAGGCGCCCGGCGCGCGGGCGGGCCCCUGCAUCUUGCCCAUCGUCCGCGAUGGCAGGAAGCUCAGCAGCACGCACUACUACCUGCUGCCGGAGCGCCCGCCCUACCUGGAGCGCUGCCAGCGCUUCCUGGGCGAGGCCCGGAGCCCCGAGGAGCCGGCGCCCGCGCCCCUGCCGCUGCCUCCCCCCAGCCCAGCCCCCACGGCCACUGUCCGACCGAUGCCUCAGGCUGCCCCGGACCCCAGGGCCAACUUCUCCGCCAACAACAGCAACCCAGGGGCCUGGCCGCUGCAGAGGGGCUGCCCCGGGGCCGGGCUGGAGGCCGGACGGCCCGCAGACAAGAUCCGGAUGCUGCAGGCCACGGUGCACGGCGUGACCACGGAGGAGUGCCAGGCGGCGCUGCAGGGCCACGGCUGGAGCGUGCAGCGGGCUGCGCAGUAUCUGAAGGUGGAGCAGCUCUUCGGCUUGGGUCUGCGGCCGCGAGGCGAGUGCCACAAAGUGCUGGAGAUGUGCGACUGGGACCUGGAGCAGGCUGGCUGCCACCUGCUGGGCGCCUGCGGCCCCGCCCACCACAAUUUAUUGAAGAAGUCAUCCCAGGAUGCUAAAUUCUAAAGUUAUUGCCUAGAACCACCAGUUUUCGACCAACAUGGCUGGCACCGAGAGGCCCUCUCGCACGCACACUGGACAUUCCUUGCUCUGUUGCAGUGACCCUUCUUGAUGGAAGGGCCUUUGGUGGUUUCCCGUCCCGCAGGCGCUGAGAUGUCUGGAGAGCCGGCGGAUCUGCCCUGAAGGAAUCACUUGAGCCUGUCCGUGUGCCCAGGGUGGGGAGGUGCCCUGCCAGGCCCGGAGGACCUGCUGCUCCCAGUGGCGGAGCGAGGCCAAGGCUGCGGGAGGCUGGGAGUCCCGCCCUGCUGUCCCUCCCUCACCCAGCGCUGUCUCUGCAGCUUCGGAGCCCUCGGUGCCCCCCAGCCGAGGGGCAGACGGGAGCCUCUUGAAGGCAGGCCUGGGGUGCCCGCAGAAGGCCCUGCAGCUGAUCUGCCUCUGGCGUCAGUCCCUGGUGGGCCUGUAGCUGAGAGGUGUCACCAGGCCCUGCCAGCGGGGAAGCCAGGCUUGACCCCGGGCAGGGAGGAUGUGUUGGCCACGCAGCAAGGUGGACCUGCACCCGGGCGGGGGGGGGGGGGCCCUCCCCAGGGAGCCCCUGGCAGGCAGUUGGGGUGUCGGACAGAACGUGCAGCCUCAGCGUGGGCGUGUUGUGGGACUCGGCUGGUCUUAGGAUCUUGUGCCCGGACACAGCCCGAGGUGGCUCAGGGAGCAGAGCUGGGGUGCCACAGGGCUCUCUGGCGGGGACCAGGGCCCAGGGUUGGAAGGAGACCAAGGGGGCAGCUGCCCAGGAGGGCCACCAGUGCCUCCUCUUUGCCUGAGCUCUUCCCCUGUGCUGUUCUGCGUUUCCCCACCAGCCUCUGUCGCCAAAGCUGCUGCCCCAGUUAUGAAUAUCUGCUUCUUCCAGAGAAAUAAACUUAGUUUCUAUUUUACGUUACUUCUCUGUGUCUGC